ACGAGUGCGUAAUAUGCUAGUACUCCAUAAAUCCAAACUAGGAACUUGACUCGUGUUUUCAUGUACUCAAAGAUGGUGUGCGCCCCUGCCCCAUUGAUUGAUUGCCGAUUCCCUUUCAGAAACCCUUCCACCGCCUCCGGCUCCGGCAUUAUCACCACCAUCGUUUCGAAGUCGAAAUCGAAAUCGAAAUCGAAAUUGAAAUUGAAAUUGAAAUUGAAGAGUAAUUCAUCCAACAGAGAUUGGAUUUCGAAUGGAACAAGAAGCAGUGGCAAUAUUAUCAUCAAUUGGUUCAUGUGGAACCUCAAGUGGGGGUUUAGAUGCUUUGUCAUCCCAUGGAGUUGGACUUCUCGGAUGAUCUCCAUUUAUUUGCUGUGUCUCAAUUUUGUUGCAGAGGCUCAUGAUCCUCCAUAUCAUUCAUUUGAUUAUGCUUGUGAAAAUGUUCAAAACUAUUAUGCUGGCAUGAAGCAUUUGAGAGGUGAAGCACUAAAGCAAAAGUUGAAUUCUAUCAUUGUGAAACAUCGAUCGUUGCCCUACAAGAAGGUUUGGGAUGCCCUUAAGAUUCUUGAUGCUGCUGAUGUUGACAAACCAGAAGCUUCAUCAGAAGUAAUUGAAAUUUACUCCUUGAGAGUUGUCUCCAAGCUCUUAGCGGGGAAACCAGAAGGAUGGAAUCGGGAACAUUUGUGGCCUCGGUCUUACGGGCUAAUCAAUGGUCCAUCCUUAACUGAUUUACACAAUAUUCGCCCAUCAGACGUGAAUGUGAAUUCAUCAAGGGGAAACAAGUUCUAUGGAGAAUGCCUUGUUAAUUCUGAUUGUUUGAAGCCAGCAACCAGAGAAUCCGCAUCUGACACUGAAACAGAUAAGAAGAGAUGGACACCACCGGUGCAGGUUAGAGGGGAUAUUGCAAGGGCAAUAAUGUACAUGGCGGUCUGUUAUGGGUUUGAUCAAUCAGGCGGAGGCCUUAAGCUUCACCUCUCUGAUUCUCCAAGCAUUGGUAUGUCAAAGAAAAUUUGCAAACAGGGAGAUGGGGAUGCUUUCUACAUUGCUGAAAUGGAAUGAAAUUGAUCCACCAUCAAAAGAAGAGAAGUUGAGAAAUGAAAGGAUAUGCGUAAAGUACCAGCAUAACCGAAACCCUUUUGUUGAUCAUCCAGAAUAUGCCAAUCUCAUAUGGAAGCAAGUUGUUCAAGGGCAUUAGGUCUUUCAGAUUCCACAGAGGGAUGCAUCAGUGAAUGAAUUUCACUCAUAUAUCCAAGUAUUUUUCAUAUGGCUCGUUGGCAGUUGAAAAUGUCUUAUUUUAGUCGUAUGCAUGCAUUCAAUUAACAUUAAUGUUUUAAAAAUCAAAUAAACCGAUUGAACUAACCAAAUUGGUUGGCUUUGGUUACUUAUUAUUAUUGUUAAAUAAAUACAAUUUUAUCGUGA